CGCAUAGCACCAAACUCACCCAAUGCAUAUGUUAAUGGCAUGCUGCAUCUUGUAUGAGGGAAAGGAUCAGUUAGUUUCAGUUGAUGUGGAAGGGAACAUACAGAAGAUCAUCCCUCCACCAGUUCAGGCGGGCGAGGACUGGCCGUUGUCUGAUUAUGUUGGGCAAUCCCAAGGGCGCUUGCACUACAUAUAUCUUCAACAAGAAAUGUUUGAUCUUGGUUGUAAAGAAGGGAGGAGAAAUGAAUUAAUCUGGGUUCUUGAGGACUAUGAUACAAAACAAUGGGUCCUGAAGGACACUCACUGUAACAGAAAGCUGAUAUCAUAUCACAUGGACAGCAAGGAAGUGAGUCAUCUCUGCACUCUUGGACAUGGCUAUCGGUGCAUCACUCGAUUAAGAGCCUCUUUGGCAGGGCUUCAAAACCGGCUCCAGCUCCAGCUCCACGCGAAGCCCUGCCAAACGGGGUGCGGGGAGGCGGCUCCACCGGAGGAGCCCCCAAAAUACGCUCUCUAGAGCCUAGGGAUGGAGGCGGAGCCAGAAAAUGUGGCUCCACACGGCUCCGCGCGCUGUUGGACCUCCUUGUCCUCGCGAGGGGCAGCGAGGCGCGGGUGAAGGCUGGCGACGCAAGCAGAAAGGCGCGGGCUGAGGCCACUGCCGCCGGGAGGAGGAGGCGCGGGCGGAGGCCGCCGCUGGUGGGAGGAGGAGGAGGCGCGGGCGUUGGCGAAGGAGGUGCACGGGAGGAGGAAAUGGAUGAGAGAGAAUGGAAGGAAAGAAAAUAAAAAAGAAAAGAAUGGAAGAGAAAAUAAAAAAUAGCUAAGGGCAUAUUGGACAUUUGACCUCUUUAAUCCUUAAUGAAAAUAGGGUGAAGCUGUUUUGCCAAAUAUUUUUCAAAACGACUUCUUUUCUGCCAGAGAAGCUGCUCCACCAGAGGAGGCGGAGCCCUACCAAAUGGUCCCUAAUCUCAAGAACAUCUAAAAAAAGCUUCGUGUCCAGUACGAUACUUGAGAACUUUCAAUGCUGAAAUAAAUGGUUUAUUUACUGCAUAUGACUUGAAGUCAGGAACUGUGCUGCUUUAUUGGCAUUAAGUCGCAUCCUGUUCCUGUGAUUUAACUGAAUUGCACGCAUGUUCCCGGUGUAACCAAUGCUACUCCGUACAAUUUCUGAAAUGAUUUA